AUGAGGGUGCUGUUAGUUUGCCUGGCAGGCUUACUGGUCUGCCUGCAGACGGCUGAUUCUCACUCAUUGCCGCAAAAGGAUUAUGACACUGACUCCAGCAACCAUGACAUUACCAAUCCACUGAAUGACACCAGCGGAAAUAAUAGCAGCUCGGUCCCCGACAACUCCAGCGGAAUCUUUGAUUCUAACGCCACAACGUUCAUUGCGCGUACCAUAACUAGGCGUGGCAAUAAAGUGGACAAAAGUAUAUACGCCUACAAAAACGGCAAAGUGAAGAAAAUUUUAGAAGACGGCAAUGCCAUCUCAGAUUGGUCUCCGAAGUCGCGCACCUUUUUGGGUAAUAAGGACGGUAUCUACAUUUACGACACAGAAACAGAGAAGCUUGAGAAGUACGGCAAUCUGAGUGACAACGUCAUCGGGAUCACAAUAGAGAACCACAGUGACGACCUGUACAUUCUGACAGAAGACCACGUCGUCUACAAGAUCACGGAGGAAGGCACCAAGAAAGUCAAAAUCAACGAAGCUGAGCAUGCCGAGAAAAUAGCGCUGGACUGGGAUGACAACUUAUACUACAUCGGAGCGAACGAUCACCCGUAUGUUGUCACUUCAGCCGGUGCGAAGAAGAUCGAAGGUCUUCCAGUUAACUCAACCAUACCGUUAAUCUCUAGGCCUCCGAUCAAAAUAAAGCACGGAGCGUGGCUUAUGUCCCUAAAACAGCCUUACAUCAUCUAUCCCAACGCGACCAGUGAACCGUACGUGUUCAGUGACCAAGAGAAGUUGGAAUAUAUGAAAACAGAGCGCGCUUUUGAAACUAUUCUCUCACAGUUGGAGAACCAACUAGCGGAAUAA